AAAAAAGAUUGAAAUAUGGAAGAAAAAAAAUCAGCAGAUAUUGAGUCGGUAUCUAAACAAGUAACUGAUAAUAGCAGUGUGAACAAUGGUUUGGAAAUAGACAGUGUAAAGAAUAUGGAAGAAAGAAAGUCUGAUGUUGAGUUAAAACCUGCUGUAGGUGAUACAGAAUAUGAGAAUAAAGAAUUAUUGUCUGCAACAGUUGGAGAUUGUACUGCAAAUUCAAAGGCUGGAAAUCCAGACUGUAAGGCAGAUGUUUUGUCUAUAGAUGCUGGUACAUAUAAUGUGGUUCCGAGUUCAGGUGAAGAAAGUAAAGAUGAAACACCUUUCACACCAUCAGCUGGGUCAGCUGUAAGUAGGCGUGCACCACAUCUUCAUAAACUUGAAAAAAAGCACAGUAGUGGUGACUUACAUAGUCGACUGAAGACCAGAAAGUUACUUGGAGUUGGAGAAACAGAUGAUGGAGAUGUUCAUAGGUCAAAGCUCAGUCAAAUAUUGGGUCACAGUGAUCAGUUGUAUAUCAGGUUACCGAGUGGCCUCAGAUUCUGGCAGAUUAUCCUAGCUGUUGUUUUCUCAAUUUUAUCUCUAUGGGUAAGUAAUUUAUGAUAUCAAGACAUGCAGGCAUAUAAGCC